GCGUAACUCAAGUGAGGGAGUGGAAGUCAGGGACAGGCACUACCGAGGUAGAGGUACCUAACCUACAGGUACAAAGAGGCAUCUUUAGGUACCGCGGUCCCGGCGAGCGACGGAAACGAAGGAAACGGAAACCGGCGGUGUUACCAGAGACAUUGGCGUGGCGAAGAACAGGACCAAUGCGGCCAAGUAGCAGGCUGGUCCAGCGCUACUAAGACACUAGCUGGCCACGUACCGCUACCGUAAACCACAACCAGAGGCGAACCAAGAGUCGAAUACGACAACCCAGCCCGUGCGAACCACCACCUUCUCUCGUUCACGCGGCGAACCCGCGUUUCCGGACCGCCCGGACGCCUCCCGAAUUUCCCACGACCGUCGAGCUCGUCCAGCGACUGGCGCGUCAUGUCUCAGGAAGACCUCUCCCGAUAUCUCAAGCAGACGCACGACCGCAUCUUCGAGCGCAACCGCGUCUGGGCAGACGCACAGCGGAAGAGAGAUCCCGACUUCUUUGUCAAGCUCUCUGCCGGCCAGACUCCGGAGUACCUCUGGAUCGGAUGCAGCGAUUCGCGGAUCCCCGCAGAGCAGAUCACCGGUCUGGGGCCGGGCGAGGCAUUUAUCCAUCGCAACAUCGCCAACCUCGUCGUCAAUAACGACCUCAAUGCCAUGAGCGUCAUUGACUAUGCCGUCCGGCACCUGCAGGUCAAACACAUCGUCGUGUGCGGGCACUACGGCUGCGGUGGCGUUAAGGCCGCCAUGACGCCCAGGGAUUUGGGGCUGCUCAACCCCUGGCUACGGAAUAUCCGAGAUGUCUAUCGCCUGCACGAGCAGGAACUAGACGCCAUCGCGGACGAAGAGACGCGCUACAACCGCCUCGUCGAGAUCAGCGUCGUCGAGCAGUGCCGCAACGUCAUCAAGACUGCUGCCGUUCAGCAAUCCUACGCCAAGAACGGUUUCCCGAUCGUCCACGGAUGGGUAUUCGGUUUCGAGGACGGUCUGCUCAAGGACCUCAAGGUUGACCACGAGGCCAUGCUACACAGCAUUCAGAAGAUCUACAAUCUCACUGAAAGCUGAUCCGAUCGCUCGAAAGGCGGUUGAGAGGGAGGCCGUCUGCAAUAUGUAGGGUCGGGUACCAUUGUCCCACUGCCUGUGCGAUCGCGUACGGACCAGAGAAUCCGCAGUCGUGUUGAGGGGUUAAAUAAUAUCUUGGCUGGAAGAGGCGCAGUCAUAUUUAUACGCGGCACUACUCGUUCGGCCCGUACUCUAGGUACAGGUUGAUAUCGAUGUUAUGCCUCGUUUUUUUGCAUCCCUGGCUCAUCGUUCGACGUAGCAGCAGCCUUUAGUGGAAGUUAGCUUUGGUAUCGUCCACUAUCGAACGGGGCGGGGGUGGCUUGGCUGUUGAGCCCCAUCAAUAGCGAUUUUUAGAUUGUCCCACCACCUGAGGUAGUGCGAAGCCCAAGGCUGGUUAAGUGCUUGAUGUCUUGAAAAUUAGGUA